GCAAGCAUGAAUUCUACAUCAACAUAUGGGAGAAUAGAAAUCAGUGGGUGGUCCAAGGGGCGCCGGAGACAAGGCCAAUGGGGUACCACGAUGGCUACAUGCGGUGGUAUCGGCACUUCACGCUAAGAUGGGUGUCAAAGCAAGGUGCUGUUUGGGGCGCAGUGGUUGACGGUUUGGAGCAUGCGAAGCACACCGUCGAGAGUGCACCC